AUGGCAGGUUCGUUGUUGGGUGGAGCUUCGAGCUUCUCAGCCAAGAUCCCCUUCGUUCGCAUCAUCCGCUUCCUGGCAAUCCAGUCCGGGCAGAUCGGCGGAGAAGAGCCAGAUGUCCCAGAGCUCCUCACAGCGGAUGAAAUUUGCUGGCUUGCAUGUGGCCAGCCCAC